AUGUCUUCUCCCGCUUCCACUCGGCGAAGGGGCCGCCCGGCGAAAGAUUCAGCAACUUCUUCUCCUGCACGGUCAACUCGUUCUCGUCAGAUUCAGACCAGCAGCCCGACAAGAUCCGCAGAUGAACAGUCACAAGCGACCCCUAGGGCUUCAAGGCGCCUGAGAGGCGAAGGACCAGUACCCGAGUCGUCGCCCAUGUUUUUCCAGUCCUCGCCAUUGAAAGGUGGCAGCAGCAGCGCCGAAACCCCAGAUGUGAGAAUGGAUGAGCCCAGCUCUCCCGUGAGAGCGUCUUCUACAGCAGAUGAAGGAGAAAGGACACCGCGGGGCAAUGCCCCAACUAUGAGAGAUUCGUCUCCCAUUCGGUACAUGUCGAGUUCCAGUCCGACCAGAGCUUAUAACCGCCAGUCCCAGCGUUCCGAUAUUCCCAGCAGCAGCAGUGGGCUGUUUGUUUCAUCCCGACCUGGCAUCGAGGGCCAUCGUGCUGCGUCCCGCCGCAGCGACUUGCACUCUGGUGGCUUUGGAUCCACACCAAAUCGUCGCCGGCGGUUAUUUGUUGAUGCCAACGGGAUGCCCGCUGGGGAUGGUGACCCACGCUCCGAUGCGACGUUCUCGAACCUUCAUCCGGAUACUUCGGAGGCCGAGGUUUUGGGUGGCAGUUCCACUCGCGUCAUCUGGGGUACCAACAUUUCCAUCCAAGAUUCCAUGUCCGCCUUUAAGAAUUUCCUGCACAACUUCCAAACCAAAUAUCGUCUAUGGGCGGAGGGAGCGACUGAGGAUGAGACCCGUAUAAUGGGUGACACUGCCGAGGAACGCGAAUAUAUCAACAUGCUGAACACCAUUCGCCAACUGGGCGUGACCAGCUUGAACUUGGAUGCCAAGAACCUCAAGGCGUAUCCCGCGACGCUGAAACUGUGGCAUCAGUUGCAUGCCUACCCGCAGGAAAUCAUCCCGCUGAUGGAUCAGGCUGUGAAGGAUGUGAUGGUGGAGCUCGCGAUCAAGGAAAUGGAACGCCUACGGACGCAGAAUCAACGCAACCAAAACCAUGCCAGGGACUUGAGCUCGGGCCCUGCGGGUCCUAGCUCUGAUGCCCUCAGUGAAACCGGCCGCAUGCCGCAGACCGAGAUCCCGGAUCUUGUUGGCGAAGUGGAAACGAAGACUUUCAAGGUUCUGCCAUUCGGCCUUGACGCUACUGUCAACAUGAGAGAUCUUGACCCUGCAGAUAUGGAUAAAUUGGUGAGUAUCAAGGGCUUGGUCAUUCGGACAACUCCCAUCAUUCCUGAUAUGAAAGAAGCCUUCUUCCGUUGUCAAAUCUGCAAUCACGGUGUUCAGGUGGAUAUUGACCGGGGAAAGAUCGCCGAACCCACUGAAUGUCCACGUCCAGUGUGCAAGGAACGAAACUCGAUGCAACUGAUUCAUAAUCGCUGCGUAUUCGCCGACAAGCAGGUAAUCAAAUUGCAGGAGACCCCCGACAGUAUCCCUGAUGGUCAAACUCCUCACUCAGUUUCGCUUUGUGUCUACGAUGAAUUGGUCGAUGUCUGUAAAGCUGGUGACCGAGUCGAAGUAACGGGUAUCUUUCGGUGCAACCCUGUCCGCAUCAACCCUCGCCAACGUACUCAAAAGUCUCUGUUCAAGACGUACAUCGACGUGCUUCAUGUUCAGAAGAUCGACAGGAAGAAGCUGGGUAUUGACGUCUCGACCAUUGAACAAGAGCUUUCCGAGCAGGCUGUUGGGGACGCUGAACAAACCCGCAGGAUCUCAGCAGAAGAGGAGGAGAAGAUCAAACGCACUGCCACCCGACCUGAUCUGUACGAACUUCUGGCUCGGUCCUUGGCUCCCAGCAUUUACGAGAUGGACGACGUGAAGAAGGGUAUCCUUCUGCAGUUGUUCGGUGGCACGAAUAAGACGUUUCAAAAGGGCGGCAAUCCGCGGUACCGUGGUGAUAUUAACGUUCUUCUCUGUGGUGACCCGUCCACUUCGAAGUCUCAACUUCUCCGAUAUGUUCACAAAAUCGCUCCCCGCGGUGUGUAUACCAGCGGUAAGGGUUCUUCCGCUGUCGGUCUUACAGCGUAUGUCACCAGGGACCCCGAAACCCGCCAGCUUGUCCUCGAAUCGGGUGCUCUGGUUCUCUCAGAUGGUGGUAUCUGCUGUAUCGAUGAGUUCGACAAGAUGAACGAGUCCACUCGGUCUGUGCUGCACGAAGUCAUGGAACAGCAGACUGUGUCCAUUGCCAAGGCAGGCAUCAUCACCACCCUGAAUGCUAGAACGAGUAUUCUUGCUUCUGCCAAUCCCAUCGGGAGCAGAUACAAUCCUAACCUGCCCGUUCCUCAGAAUAUUGAUCUGCCACCAACCUUGCUGUCUCGAUUCGACCUGGUCUACCUUGUUCUGGACCGUGUAGAUGAGCAGGAAGAUCGCCGGCUUGCGAAGCAUCUGGUCAACAUGUACCUUGAGGACCGGCCGGACAAUGCCGCCGAGGAAGAGAUCCUGCCUAUUGAGUUCCUUACGGCCUACAUUACCUACGCUAAGACCAAGGUGCAUCCCGUACUCACUCCUGCGGCCGGCAAAGCCUUGUCGGACGCCUAUGUCAACAUGCGCAAGCUCGGCGAUGACAUUCGCUCUCAUGAUCGCCGUAUCACCGCCACGACUCGUCAACUCGAGUCCAUGAUCCGGCUGUCGGAAGCGCACGCCCGUAUGCGGCUGUCGACUGAGGUCACCGCGGAUGAUGUGGAGGAAGCUGUGCGUCUGAUUCGGUCCGCAAUCAAGCAAGCAGCUACGGACUCGCGGACUGGCCUGAUCGACAUGGGACUGUUGACUGAGGGCACGAGUGCUAGCGAAAGACGCAACCGUGAAGCACUGAAGCGCGCCCUGCUGUCCGUGGUUGACGAUUUGUGCAGCAGGGGAGGCGCUGCGCGGUGGGCGGAGGUCUUCAGAGUCUUGAACGAGAACAGCAGCACCGAGGUGGAUGGUGCUCAAUUCGCAGAUGCCGUUCGCGCGCUGGAGACCGAAGGCGCUGCCAGUGUUAUUGGCGAGGGUGCGCGACGGAGUAUCCGGCGUAUCGGAGGCACUCUCUUAUAA